AUUUAUGUCUUGUCAGUGGCGGUAUUUUUUUUCAUCCAAUUAUUUUGACAGUUCAAUAAUUAAAAACAUAAACACAAAAAAUUAUAUAAACAAUGAUAAAAUUUGUAGAUUUAAAACUUCUUUUAUUUCUUCUUGUUUUAACAACAGUAUCUGGAGAGAGAAUAAAAGAUAUGAUAUACAAAACAAUUGAUGGUGUUACACCUUGUUUUCGUCGUCACAAUGGAACUCAUCAAUUUGGCUGUUCUUCAAGUAGAGAAGGAAGUGUUGGUAUUAUUCAUAUGAUUGAAAAUGAAACUGAUGUUUUAUGGCUGGAAAAAAAUGCUACAGCUGGUUUAUACACAGCAGUUUUAUUAUUUUCAUUAUUUAAAAAUGACAUUAUGUCUAGAUUACGUAAAACAAAUAAAAUAAAUGGUGUAUUAGUUGUCAAAACAAAUGAUACUGAUCCGUCCAAAUUACCAAAUGGUUAUUCACCAGAAAGUACAUGUCCCAAUAGAUAUUCUGGUAAUCCAACAUCAUGUAAUGCUGAUAAACCAUGGAAUCCAUAUGGAAAUAAUUUCCUCCUGGAAGAUUGGCCAUUUCCCAUAUUUUUCAUGAAGAAUGAUGAAUUAUUCAAAACAAUUAAAGACUGUUUUAUAAAAUACAAUUAUCAUGAUAUUGAUAAACAAAAUGAACGUUCUUUAUGUGCAUUAGAAAUGCAAAGUUUUAUGUAUUCUGCUGUUAAUUCAGAGACAUGUAUGAGACGUAAUAAUCCAUCUUUGUAUAUGAAUCCAACAAGAUUUUGUGAUCCACUUGGUGAUGAAAAUAUUUUUUUGCCCUUAUCACCUCUAACAAAUAAAUCAGAAUCAGUUGUUAUUGUUACUGCAAAAUUUGAUGCAACAUCAUUAUUUGAUGGUAUUUCACCUGGUGCAAAUAGUGCUGUUACUGGUUUUGUAACACUUAUUGCAACUGCAUAUUAUUUAACACAACUUAAUGCAACUAUUAACUCUAAAAAUGUUUUGUUUACAUUAUUUAAUGGUGAAUCCUUUGAUUAUAUUGGAUCAAGUAAAUUUAUUUAUGAUUUAAAAAAUAAUAAUAACGAUGGUUUUUCUAGUGGUCAAUUAAAACUUGAUCAAAUUAAAACUGUUAUUGAACUUGGACAACUUGGUGAUAAAAAAUUAUUUCUUCAUGCAAAUAAUCAUAAUGGAAAUGAAUUAAUUGAUGAUAUUAAAAAUUCACUAAAAUUUGAUGAUAAUAAUACACUUGUUGGUAGUAUACCACCAGCUUCAAUACAAAGUUUUUUACGUGAAAAACCAAAUAUAAGUGCUGUUGUUAUUGCUAGUCAUGGUAAACAAUUUGUCAAUAAAUAUUAUGGUGGUAUUUUUGAUACAUCUGAAACAACAAAUAUUACAGGUGAUUUACAUAUUAAUUUAGCAAAUAUUGCAAUGAAACUUGGUGAUUCUCUAUAUAAAUAUGUUACAAAUGAUGAUCCAACAAAAGUAAUAAAUAAAACAAUAGUUGAAGAUCUAGUUAAAGAAUUACUAACAUGUUAUUUAGAAGAUGAAAAAUGUAAUUUAUUCGUUGCAUCAUCACCAUUUGGUGUAAAUUUUUUAAAUCCAGUAUUUCCAUUGUAUGUUGGUGUUGAAUCAAACCAAAAUGCUAUAACAUCAGUAACUGGACGAUUAAUGAUAUUUUUAACUAGUGAAAAAUAUCCAAAUAUGACAUCACAAGAAUGUGUUCCACAUAAAUUUGCAUGGUUGAGUGGAUAUGAUUCAAAAGGAAUUUGUAUUAAAAAUAAUAUUAAAUAUUCAAGAGCAAUUAGUCCAGCAUUUUUAAUUGAAGAUUACGACUUGAAGUCUAAUAAAUAUUCAACGUGGACAGAAUCAGUUUGGCAAAAAUUGAGUGUUAGAAUGUUUCUUAAACCAUCAGCAGCAAAUGAACGUUUGACAAUGACUGUUGGUGGAACUGUUGCUAUUUUAUCAUUUAUUAUUGUUUGGUUUGUUAAUUCAAAAUCUGAUAUAUUAUUUAAUCGUAAUAUUAAUGAUUGUUAGGAUAACGCUGCGGACCACAUAUUAAUGACAAGGAUUAGAAAUUUAAACAAUAAUCAUUUUGUUCCUGUUACAAGCCUAUAAUGAUUAGUCAUUUUGUAAUCCCAUUUAUAUGUGAUUCGCCCUCGGACAAUAAUUAAAACACUAUGAACAUUUUUUUAAAAAGAAGAAAUAUAAUUACUUCUUGUUCAUUUGAUUAUUUUCUUGUCGAAAUCAGUCGGGUGGGGUUUUUUUUUUUUUUCAAUAGAAAUAUUUCUAAUAAUUAUUGUUAGUCACUUGAGAAUUGUUAAAUAUUAUUUUCUUUUUUUUUUUUCUUUUGUCUUUAAGUAUUCCAAAAAUUCAUGAUUUUAAAAAUCAUACUGAGGAAUUAUUAUUUAUUUUUUGAUUUAUUUUUUUAAUUUUACAAUGUGCUUAUUAUAAUUGAUGGAAAAAAAAAAACAUUAAUUACAUUUCCCAGUGUACAGUAUGUUGUUUUUAAGUUAAUUUAUAAUUUAUACUUUUUUUUUUUUUUUUAAUUUAAUUGAUAAAUAAAUAUACCAGUGCUUAUAAUUUUUAAUUAAAAAAAAAUUAAUUUUAAUAACAUAAAUAUACAGGAUUAUGUGGGACUAAAUGAACACCUUGAAAAAAAAAAAUUAAUAAAUAAAAAAAAAAAACAUGAAAAUUACUAUAAAAUUGAGUAAUAAUUUUUUUUAAUUUUCAUUUUUAAUCUAAUAAUUAAUACAAAAAAAAAAAAAAUCAAUUUUUACACAAUAAAAAAAGGCAAAAAACAUUA